AUGGUCAGAACCAGUCUGCUUGAGGAGAGGAGGGCUGUAGAGGCUGUGCAAAGGGCCCAGGCAGUAAUAUAUUUUGAUCAGGCUGAAAGCGAGAGAUGCCGUCACGCCACAGAGCAUCCAGACUGGUCCACCAAAGAAAACUACGGCAAAAAGAGGAAGAGAACACGAAAUCGCACCUCGAGCACAGCAUCUGAACCUAAACAGGAAGAUCAACAGGCCAAGAGGCUUUGUGUGAUGCCAGCUCAGACACAGCCAUCUUCUUCCUAUUCAGUUGCGAAGGAGCCUCUUGAGCAGCCACAGAGACAGCCAGCUGUUACCAACCUUCCUGAUCAGCAGUCAGCGUGUGUGCAGCUGCAGAACACACAGACAACAGUUGAUGCACCU